AUGGCCGUCGCGCCCCUAGCUCCCGCCGGCCGUCUUGGCCUGCUAGCCGCCAGCCCCGCCGGCCGCCGCCCUUGGAGGAGUGCGGCCGUCCUGCCGCCGUCUUGGCUGCCGCGCCGCCGCCCCGCCCGCCGUCCUGGCCGCCGCGCGCAGCCCCGCCCGCCAUCUCGGCCGCCGCGCCGCCGACCCCCACCCGCCGUCCUAGCCGCCGCCCGGCCUCCUCGCAUGGGCGCCGUCCGGGCGCUGCUCCGUCCGCCGUCCUGGCCGCCGCCUUGGCGCCGUCCGAGCCGCCGCUCCGUCCGCCGUCCUGGCCGCCGCCUUGGCGCCGUCCGGGCCGCUGCUCCAUCCGCCGGCGGCCGCGCCUUGGUGACCGUCCUGGCCGCUGCUCCGUCCGCCGGCGGCCGCGCCUUGGCUCCGGCCGGCCCCGUCGCAUCGCUCGGCUUCAGCACGUUGCAGUGA